UUCCGUUAUCUCAUAUCCCUGAACCUGUCUACCAAGCAUCAGUCGAUUGGUUCAACCAAAAUGUUUCUGAGAGAUUACGCAGUCUCUUUGUAUUGUCCACAUUUAAUUACAUUCUUUCUGCUAUGGUUACACCACCAGGAAAAAUUCCCGUGGGUUUUCUUCCAGUUCCAGCAGGUGUCAGCGAAGGUACUUGUCGCGAUUCUAAGAUGGCAAUGCUUGUUACAUUAGCAAUGGUAGUGCGUAGCAAACCUCAUGUCUUCGUUAGGGUUUUGCCCUCUCUGAGGUUGAGGCGUAUGUAUAAAGGACGGGGCCAUAUUGCGCUUACAUUUUGGUUGAUAGCUCAGGCCUCCAAAGAAGAUUUAUCUGUGGGCUUGCUUUCAUGGGCGCAUAACUUGUUACCUCUAGUCUGCAGCCAUCCUCAGUCAACAGAUACCGCCCUCACGUUGGUUGAGAAGAUUUUGGCCAAACCAGAUGAUCAGGCCAGAUUUGUAAAAGCUCCUUUCUGGGAGGGAGUGAGACUUAUUCCACCUUAUUCAUUUGAGAUCUUGCUGCGGCUUACAUUCCCUGCUUCAUCCGUGCCUUCUACAAGUAGGUUUAAGGCAAUUUAUCCCUUGCUGAGAAAAAUGGCUCUUGUCCGUACAUCAAGAAGGCAGCCAAUAGAAGAGAUAUUCAUCUUUUCUUUGAGAUUAUCUGGAGAAGGAAAUACUGUUUUAGCCGAGGAAGCUAGAUCAAUCGCUAUCUGGUCUCUUACCGUAACCAAGAGUUGCUGGAAUCUCUGGGAGAAUCUCUACAAAGUGAAUCUAAAAGCAACUGUUGAUCUUCUUAAAAAGAUUGUAGGGAAAUUCAAGGACGGUGUAAGUGAGAGAAUGAAUCAACAGAUAUUCACUUUUUCUUUGAUGUUAGCUGGAGAAGGAAACCCUGUUUUACCCCAGCAAGGUACCACAAUCGCUAUCUGGUCUCUGACCACAAUCGUUGAUUGCUGGAAGCAGAGGGGCAAUAUCUCUGAGGAGAAUCUAGAAGCUUGUGUUGCUAUUCUUAAAGAGCUUGUAGAGAGAUGUAAGGAUCAUUCCCUCAAUCCAUCAUCAUCACCAAGUUAUACUCUUUCACCUUCACCAGGAAGCAAGGCAUGGAAACAAAUCAUUCGAAAGAUAUUUACUCUCUCUUUGAAAUUAGCUGGAGAAGUUACAGCAAAUCCUGUUUUAGCCAAGGAAGCUAUAACAAUCGCUAUUUGGUCUCUGACUGAAAAUGUUGACUGCUGGAAAAGCUGGGACAAUCUCUAUAAGGAGAAUGUAGAAGCUAGUGUUGCUCUUCUUAAAAGGCUUGUAGAAGAAUGGAAAGAUCAUUCCCUCAAACUAUUAUCAUCUCCUAGUGAUACUUUCACUCUUGGUCAAACUAUGAAGAGCAUCAUGCUACAGAACAAAAAUGCCAUCGCUGGAGGAAGUGCCUUUGGUUCUCUUUACCAAGAAGCUGACAAGUCCUGCGAAGUGAUCUCGUGGAGAUUAUCUCCUGUAAGAAGCACCCUUAAAGAUACAGCCAGUACCGCUGUUGUUGUAGUUGCUUCUGUGUUUCUAGCCGCUUAUGGACGUGCCCUAUGUGGGCAUUCGGUUUUUUGCUUUUGUUUGGGUUUCUGGUUUUAUUUUUGCGGUUUUCCUGUUUUACUGAAAUUGAAAUCAUAUAUAAAUUUGUAAUUCGGUUUGGUUACGGUUCAAUUUUAAUGGUUUUAUGGUUUUAUAAAAAUAUGAAACCAUAUGUUUCACGGUAUGGUUUGGUGCACUAGAAAUUUUACUUAAA